GUACCACCAUAUCCUCUGUUUGGCAUCCUAGAAAACGGGAGAAAAUAUAGGCACAACUCUCCGGCGAGGAAAUAUUCGCUUCAUUUUGCUAUGAAGUCGUCCGAUUUCAUGGACAAGCGGAUCUCGGAGCUUUCCCGGUCCCACUCCGACGACUUCUCCGACCUCUCGUACUCCCGUGGCCGCGAACCGGAGGAAGACGACGAUCUCUCUUAUGGAUUAACCAAGGACGAUCUCAGCUCCACCUUCCAUUUCCGUCCCGUACGACCUGUCGUUUCCCCCGAUUCGUACGAUUCCCCUUUCCAGAAUCGCGCUUCUAUGGACUACAUUGAUCCACCAAAAUCUGAUUCCAAGAAUGUUGGGGCUUCCAGUGAUAGAGGAUUAAUAUCUAUGAUUGAUCGCAAAAUGGAGGAGCAUUCUAAGAAUCUACUACACGUUAUGGAGGGGCUUAAUGUGAGAAUGUGUCAACUGGAGAGUAGAACACGGAAAAUUGAAGAUUCUGUCGACGAAUUGAAGGAUUCAUCCGAGUUUAAUCAUGGAUGGACUGAAGGAAAGUUGACGCAGCUGGAGAAUAUUCUCACUGAGAUUCAAAGUGGUAUUCAAGACUUGAGAGAUAAACGAGAGAUAUCAGAAGUGCAGCUGCAGCUAACCAAGCUUGAAAUCUUAAAAAAUCAGGAGCAAUCACAAGACCAAAAGACCAAAACUAACACCAGUUCUGGUCAAGGAGUGUUAUCAUCUGUCCAACAGCAAACCGACCAAUCACAACCAAGUUCUGUAAUUUCUCCACAGAAAUUUCCUCCUGAUCCUAACGUUUCUCCAAUCACUUCGUAUCAGAGUCAGCCACCAAUACCAAUAGCAGGGCAGUUUCCAGCCCAAGUAUCUCAGAAUCAAAUCCCUUCUCUUCCACAGGCAGAGCCGAACUACUUACUACCUAUGUUCAGUUUGGAAUCCACUCAUCAACAAUACCAUAUGCUUCAUAUUCAGCAGCAGCAGCCAACAUCUUCAGCACCAUAUCAACCUUAUCAAACAGUUCCACAACUUCCGAUCUCACAGUUACUGCCCCUGCCUCCACCUGUUGAUGCACAAGCUCGUUAUUUGCCGGCUCACAACUUUGAAGAAGCUUCUUACAUAUCACCUCAAGGCUACAACACAAGCAUCCAAAGAACCUCUAAUGCACACGGCUUGGCCCCUCCCAACCAACAAACUUAUUUUGGCUCUAACCAAAGGGUAUAUGAUCAACCUUCAAGAAGUUCAGAGUUUCGCACCGAGCAUGUGCAACCGAGUAGACAUUCUAGUUUUCGUGAUGGCUAUUCUCAUUCUGGACUUCCUUCCCAAUACAGCAGUUCAAAAAUGAAAUCCUCGGAAGUUCCACCAUUUUCUCCUGUCCUAGCUAGUGAAAACAGAUUCACACAACUGCCAACUGCCCAAGUACUCCCACGUGCGCUGCCAAUGGCCUCUGAUGUGGAUAGUGGAUCAUGCUCAAAUGGGACCGGAAAUAGAAUACCCGUUGAUGAUGUUAUUGACAAUAUUGUAGCAAUGGGAUUCCGGAGAGACAUUGUGAGAGCAACAGUGAAGAAAAUGACUGAGAAUGGGCAGUCGGUGGACCUUAAUGUCGUUCUGGAUAAGCUGAUGAAAGGUGAAGUCCAGCAAGAGAGUCAUAGGUUUGGCCGGUGAUUUUAUGAGUACCUAUAAUCCUUUGAACGUAUAUAGAUACUUUUACAUGCUUGUACAUAGUAUUGAUCAAUAUCAGUAUGCUUCUUUUACUCCAUAUUUAUCUGUUGUUGCAAAUUGGAAACAAUGCAUUUACAUACAAGGUAUUGUAUACGAGUGUAAAUUGUCACUGAUGUAAAAAAUGCUACUCUUUACUGCUUUUGUUUGUACUCAUUGUUUGCUCUGGUUUCCUCUUCAGCGAAUCUGAUAUCAAUGUCAUGUUUGAUUAGUCAA